AUGCCUUCUGCACUAGUCCAUGGCCUGGGGGCGCUGACUACUUCCAUACUUUGUAUCAUUAUCUACCGACUCUCCUUGCAUCCGUUAGCCAAACUUCCUGGACCCAAGCUCGCUGGAGUAUCGACGCUAUGGCUAGCAUGGCACGUGCGAAAAGGAAGAAACCACAUCUUCAUGCCAGAGCUGCAUAAGAAAUACGGACCAAUUGUGCGGAUCGCACCGAACCAAGUCCUCGUCUGCUCGGAAGAUGCAAUCCGACAAGCAUACGGCGCAGGAAGUCCCUUCACCAAAGGCCAAUGGUACCAAGUCUGCGCGGCCCCCGACUCCCGCCGCAAAGGCGAGAACCGCUUCGAUCUGCUCACCGAAACAAACAUGAACCGGUACAAGCACCAGCGACGCGCCAUUGGACCUGCAUACUCCAUCAAAGGCAUGGAGAAGCACGAAGCGCUGCUGGACUCCUACAUCACGCACUUCAUUUCCACCCUGCAUAGCCUCAAUGAAGAGUUCGUCGAUCUGAGCGAGUGGAUGCACAUCUUCGCUCUCGACGCGCUAGCCACUGUAACGCUAUCCAAAAGCGUCGACUACACCAGUAAACGCAAUGACGACGGCAACAUGUCCGCAAGCGAUAAGCACUGGGCGUACUUCACCGUCGUGGGGCUGUUCCCGUGGUUAGUCGAGCUCACGCAGAGUAUCCCGAAAAUCGGAAUGUAUCUCAUGAUGCCCAUCGCGCUCGCCUUCGGUCUGCCAAUCCCGACCGGUCUCCCGAUUUUCAAAUUCGCCGUACCGAAUGUACUGGAUCGGUUGUCCAAACUCGAUAGUACGGCGGGGAUUAAGCCGCCCGCGGAUCGACCGGGGCUUGUUACCAGCGUAAGGGAUACGCAGGAAGGCCAGGAGGUGGACGAAGAUCCUCCGGGCGAGGAGAAAGAUCUCUUGGCGAGCUUGAUGAAACUGCAUGCGGAUAAGGAGGCGAGGUUCCAUCCGGCGUGGGUGCUGGGCAUUUCGUUAACGAAUUUUGGUGCGGGACAUGAUACGACGACGAUUACGCUGACGUCAUGCGUGUGGAAUAUUGCGAAGCAUGCGGAGGUUCAGAAGAGAUUGCAGAGGGAGUUCCAGGAGAAGAGGAUAACCAGAGAAAGUUCGUACACCGACAUCGUUGGAGAAGUACCGUAUCUAUGGGCCGUUAUGAAGGAGAGCAUGCGCCUAUUUCCGGCUAUUGGUUUCAUGAUGCCCCGCGUCGUUCCCAAAGACGGUGCCAAAGUUGCAGGCAGAUAUCUCCCCGCCGGGACGACGAUAGGGGUCAGUCUCUACGCCACGCACAGCGAUUCCUCCAUGUUCCCCAACCCAAAAAAGUUCCUACCCGAGAGGUGGUUAAGCGACGGGACAAAGGAGAAGAAGAGGGAGAUCGGACGCUUGGAUGCGUGUUGGAUGGGCUUUGGCGGUGGGAGCCGGAGUUGUCCGGGGCAGUAUCUAGCACGCUUCCUCGUAGUUCACUUGUUAGCGAGGCUAGUGCUGGAGUUCGAUAUGCAAGUGAAGGGGUCGCCGGUGCUGAAGGGGUGGUUUUCGGUGCAUUUGCAUGGUGUGGAUGUGUCUUUUCGACCGAGGGUGUGA